AUGGACCCCAUAUCAGCUGCGGGGAUAGCCCUCGCAGUGCCGUCGUUAGCCUUCCAGGUGUUUGCCGGCUGUGUGCAGGGCUUUUUGACCCUAUCAACAGCACAGAAUUUUGGCAAAGAUGCCAAUUUUCUUCUAACCAUGCUCAAUGUGGAGGAAUAUCGGUUUUUACAGUGGGCAGAUACUGUCGGCUUGACUGGAACCGAUGGAAACAUAUUACAUCGAAUCAACCAAGCUCUCGCAGAAGAGUUGAUGGUUCAGUUGAAAGACAGACUCGACACAUCCAAGUUGAAACAGCGAUACUCGCUCGACCUCCAGCCUACUCAUGGCAGAUCAAUUAAAGGGAUAGAUGCAAGUCCUGGAGACAAUGCCAAGGUUCCGGGUGCUUUAGCCGAUGCAGUGUCUCAUCAACGCCGGGCGGAGAUUCUUGCGCGGGCAAAUUUGAUUCAUAGCCAAGCCUCAUUUCCAAAGAGAAUGUGGUGGGCGACGGUUGAUAAGCCCAAGUUUCAAGAUCUUGUCCUCGAUGUCAGACAGAUUGUGGAUACUCUCUGGAAGCUGCUCGAGCCGAUCCGUCUUAGAGAGCUCUCUCAGCAGGUUGGAAAAACACUGACAGCGAUUGUUGACAUGAGUCACGACCUCGAGGCUUUGAAAGGCCUUCAAGCUAGUUUCAGCAGAACGACAAUCAGAUUCCCAGGGGAUGAGAUUCUCGCGACGGCAGUUGGGUUGAAAGUGGCACGGGAGCAACUUCCGGGGGAAAGCAGCAUCAGCAGUGAGAUAGGCUCAAUUGAAUCUCUCCAGCCUCUCAGUCGAAAAUUGCUCCAAUAUACCCCGCGCAAGCGCGGGGCAACAGGCACUUUCAUAGCAACAUACGAUGGGAAACCCGUGCUCUGCGAAUCAAAAGUCGUCAAUGGACGGCUGAAAUCAAAACUGAGAUUGCGAUCUGAGAAUCUUGCAAAACUUUUAUCCUUACCCAAGAGCCCAUCGUUCAUGACACUCAAAUGUCUUGGUUUCCUGGAAGAUAUGGAUGAGAUUAUUUUCUUGUAUAGUUAUCCACCUACAUCAGACCUUACCUUUCCACCGCGAUCUCUUCAAGAGUUACUCCGCGACUCGAAGAUGAAGCCCCCUAGUCUCACAGCCAGAUUGAAACUGGCUUUAGAUAUCUGCAGUACACUCUUGACUGUCCACACGUCAGGCUGGUUGCAUAAAAAUAUUCGCUCGGAGAAUAUUCUCUUCUUCACACCGAAUGAGGCAUCCGGCACCUCUACGUUUGGCACUCGACCAUACUUGACUGGGUUCACAUUUGCACGUGCCGACUCCCCGGUUGAGAUCAGUGACCAGGCGUCUGAAGAUCCUCUCGCAGAUAUCUAUCGACAUCCACAGGCUCUCGGGGAACCAUCCGCUUCAUAUGCCAUGUACAUGGAUCACUACUCGCUUGGAGCUGUGCUUACCGAAAUUGCGGAGUGGCGACCACUCAAGCAUAUCAUCAAAAGCUAUAUUGAUGUCACGAAUUGUGAUGUUGAUAUCCCGCUUUCUGCAUUGGCGGGAACUCCGAGUUGGCUAACGCAACAGUUGGCCGACCGCGGGAAGAUUGAGUUUCGUAUGGGAGACAUUUAUGGGGCUGGCGUUUCGCGGUUACUGAGAUUGGGGUCCAUGGAGAUUGAUAGUCGUUCGUCUACAGUCGAUCUACUUUCUUUUCAGCGGUUUGUACAGGAACUAGGUCUCUGCUGCAUUUGA